CUCCCAUGCACAUCUCAGACUGUGAGCACUGGAGCACAGCGUGAGCCCUGGAGCGCCUUCUCGACAUGUACACCUGGAAGCCCUAUUCAUUCAGGGAUGCAGCAUUCACGUGUGAGUGGCAGCCACACCGUUGAGACGUUAACGGCAGCACAGAGGGUUUUGAAUCUGGCUUGAUGAAAUCAUCUGAGCUGGGAGGCAGAGGCAGCGGAGGAGAAGGCGACACGCGGAGAAGUGGAUGCUGAGCUCCUCCACUCUACAAUUAAGGGGCUGGCACUGAGGACGCGACCCGACCCGAGGAUUGGAUAGCACCCGCCGGAUACUGUUAACCAAAUCCGCUAGUUGUCACCCCAACUCUGGUGCUCAUAUGUGCAGCAAACACGCUCUCCGUUUCCCGGGAAGAGAACUUGAUGGAUGCCUCUGUUCAUCACAGCUGGCACAUCAGGGCCCAGCUCCAUUAUUAGCACCUUCAUCAUUAACACAGCACCACAGGAGUAGACUGUGACCAAGUGGAUCAUUACAAUUCUGGAUAAUCGGCUGAACCGCACCACUGAGACACACAGCCUCCUCCUCCUCCAGGCCUCUCUAUACAGAGCCGACAGGAUCCAUCCCUGAACUGACCAUGUGUGUUGGCUAGAAACAUAGUGUUGUAAGCAGGUAGUGACAUGUCUCAGGUCUGACCCUGGAGAUGCCGAAGAGACGAGACAUCGCCGCCAUUGUGUUGAUCGUGUUGCCGUGGACACUGCUCAUCACUGUUUGGCACCAGAGCGCCAUCACUCCUCUGCUUGCUACCCGGAAAGAUGACAGACGAGAUGGUCGCUCCAAAUCCAGGAAUACUUUUGCUUUCAAGGAGUCCUGCUCUCUUCAGAACCGGGACAUCGUGGAGGUGGUGCGUACCGAGUAUGUCUACAGCCGGCCUCCCCCCUGGUCUGACACCUUGCCCACCAUCCACGUCGUCACUCCCACCUACAGCCGGCCGGUGCAGAAGGCCGAGCUGACACGUCUGGCCAACACCUUGCUGCACGUGCCCAACCUGCACUGGAUCCUGGUGGAGGACUCCCAGAGGAGGACCGCUCUGGUCAGCCGUCUCCUACAGGAGAUGGCAGUCAACUACACCCACCUCAACGUGGAGACGCCCAGGAACUAUAAGGUGCGCGGGGACACAAGGGACCCCCGAAUACCUCGGGGUACCAUACAGAGGAACCUGGCCCUGCGGUGGCUCCGGGAGAGCUUCAGACUAAACAGCAGCCAGCCCGGGAUUGUCUACUUUGCAGACGAUGACAACACGUACAGUCUGGAGCUGUUUGAGGAGAUGCGUUCCACCAAAAAGGUCUCUGUGUGGCCCGUGGCCUUUGUGGGUGGCCUACGAUAUGAGUCGCCCAAAGUAAACACCUUGGGCAAGGUGUACGGAUGGAAGACUGUAUUCGACCCACACCGGCCCUUUGCCAUUGACAUGGCUGGGUUUGCAGUGAACCUGCGCCUCAUUCUGUCCAAACCUCAGGCUUAUUUUAAGUUACGAGGGGUGAAGGGAGGUUAUCAGGAGAGCAGUUUAUUAAAGGAGCUGGUCACUCUCAGCGAUUUGGAGCCUAAAGCUGCAAACUGCACUAAGGUAUUAGUAUGGCACACACGGACAGAAAAGCCUGUGCUAGUAAAUGAGGGCAAGAAGGGAUUUACAGACUCUAAUGUGGAGAUAUGACAUACUUCAUCUGACACAGGGGCAUUUCUCCAUUUGGAUUCUACCUGGAUUCCAACCAACCUCAGAGCUCCUUAAAUAGCAAUAGCCAGGGUCAGAAAUAUUAUCACAGCACAGUAGGGUGCACUUCACUAUUGCUUUGAAAUGGAGGCACACCUGUCCACCCCAGGAGGCAGCAUAAGCCAUGUGCUUGAACGGACUACAGAGUUUCAAAGCACAACUGCACAACAGCCAGCCGGCCCGUUAUGCUCCGAGCACUGGCUAAUGCGAGACACUGGUGGGAGUUGCCAAAAGGAGCUUGCCCAAUGAGGUCUCCUCGGAGGGCUGAGACAAAGGAUGAUACACGAUUUAAACUGUAGGAAGAGAUGGCACUGCACGCAAUAAAGAGCCCUCUGAGCGCAGACAACACCAGCCAACCAUCCAAUCAGCAUUAAAUAGGGCCCUUUUGUUCUGAAGUAAGCUGGCUGUCCGGCACAGGGCUGCACAGAGGAAUAAAAGGGGCCCUUGUCUUACGUGAGUCAGCACUGACUGACAGACUGCACUGAGGGGAUCUGAGCCCUCCCCACUUGUACUGUACAACACUGAGCUAUUUAGAUAACCCCCCGAACCCAGCAUUGAUUGGAGGUCUUGUAACUUCUUUACACAUAGUCACACAUUCUUAGCUGUCACACUUCACAUGGUGAGCACACGGCCACACAUGCACUC